AUGUCCUUGGAGGUGACCGACACGACCGCGGGGAUGGUACUAGCAGAGCUCUAUGUCUCCGAUCGAGAGGGAAAUGAUGCUACAGGUGAUGGAACCAAGGAGAAACCUUUUAAAACAGGCCUAAAGGUAAAGAUUCAUGCACUAGAAGGAUACAGAGGCCAAAGAGUAAAGGUGUUUGGCUGGGUCCACAGGCUGCGUAGACAAGGAAAGAAUUUAAUAUUUCUGGUGUUGCGGGAUGGUACAGGCUAUCUUCAGUGUGUCUUGUCAGAUGAUUUGUGUCAGUGUUACAAUGGAGUCGUCUUGGCCACUGAGAGUAGUGUUGCGGUGUAUGGAAUGCUAAAUCUGACUCCAAAGGGCAAACAGGCUCCGGGUGGCCAUGAGCUGAGCUGUGACUUCUGGGAACUGAUCGGGCUGGCCCCUGCUGGAGGAGCUGAUAACUUGAUUAACGAGGAGUCUGACGUGGACGUCCAGCUCAACAACCGACACAUGAUGAUUCGGGGAGAAAACAUGUCCAAGAUCCUGAAAGCACGUUCAGUGGUCACCCGGUGCUUUCGAGAUCACUUCUUUGAUAGGGGGUACUAUGAAGUUACUCCUCCAACGUUAGUGCAAACUCAAGUGGAAGGAGGUGCUACACUCUUCAAGCUUGACUAUUUUGGGGAAGAGGCAUUUUUGACUCAGUCCUCUCAGUUGUACCUGGAGACCUGCAUUCCAGCUCUGGGAGAUGUGUUUUGUAUUGCACAGUCAUACCGGGCAGAACAAUCUAGAACACGAAGGCACCUGGCUGAAUACACUCACGUGGAAGCAGAGUGUCCUUUUCUGACCUUUGAGGAGCUCCUGAACCGAUUGGAGGACUUGGUUUGUGACGUGGUAGAUAGAGUCUUGAAAUCACCUGCAGCGAGCAUAGUGCGUGACCUCAACCCGAACUUCAAGCCUCCCAAACGGCCUUUUAAGCGGAUGAACUAUUCAGAUGCUAUUGUGUGGCUGAAAGAACACAAUAUAAAGAAAGAAGAUGGAACUUUCUAUGAAUUUGGAGAGGAUAUUCCAGAAGCUCCUGAGAGACUGAUGACGGACACCAUUAAUGAGCCCAUCUUGCUAUGUCGAUUUCCUGUAGAGAUCAAGUCCUUCUAUAUGCAGCGAUGUCCUGAGGAUUCCCGCCUUACAGAAUCUGUUGACGUGUUGAUGCCCAAUGUUGGUGAGAUUGUGGGAGGCUCAAUGCGUAUCUGGGAUAGUGAGGAAAUACUGGCAGGUUAUAAAAGGGAAGGAAUUGACCCCACUCCUUAUUACUGGUACACAGAUCAGGGACCGCCGGGCGGCGGGGCUGGCUCCCGUGAGGGGCGUGUCUUCCCUGGCCCCGCCCCCGAGGCUCCGGCCUGGCCGGCCGCGAAUGAGCAGGCGCGCCGCGAGGGCUCAGGGGGCAGCGACGCGCGAUAA